GUCACAGUGCGACAUUGGCGUCUUCAAAUCCGGUGCAUGACAGCCUGGCAACAUGAUCUUGCAAUGGCGGCCAAGGUGGCAGUGAUCAUGGGUUCGAGUUGCCUUUCUAUGGUCUCUCAAGCAACCUUUUGCUUCUUGAAGGCUUCGGUGGUCAGCAGCUUCAUAUGGUAUUACCUUGGUAGAUGACCGAGUGACGAUUUGCCAUUGCACACCAUUAUCAGUAGGAUUGGUCAAGGGCAAAGAAGGUCAGGGCCUAUCAAGCUCAAUCUGCUGCUCUUCGUGUGCUUCUGGGACUUGAGCACUACAGCAUUCAGCUAAUCAUCUAGAAGCAUUACAAACUGAUCCAAGAAGAAGCUUUGCAAGAGUUUCCAGACAAGACCGGCUUGCAUUCUCCACCCGUAACCACCAGCAUUUGUAACGGCGAGGAAGGCAACAGAAUCGAUUGGCGGUGUUUUGGAGGUGCUCUGGCGAAUAAUCGUAGGGGAACUGCAGGACUGGAAGUCAUGCUUCAAUGACCAUGGCCUAAGGCUCAUUGAAAGCGGGCUGAGAGUGGAUACCUUGCUGACAGUCUUGCCAGAGCAGCUGGGCCAGUCAAAACAGUUACUUGGACAAUGCUGUGGGUCCGGGGCCUUUUCAGACAGCCCUGACGGCACAGCAGCAAUGACAAGCGGUGCAGAGUUGGGGCAAAGCAAAACGGCUGACAAUCCAGCUGUCCUGGGGAGAGCACCUACCCAAACAGCGGGAGAGCAGCCGGCACCAGAUGCUACCAGUACGGGUCCGGGAGGAGGCGCCAGGGGUCUGCACGCUGGCCUGUGCUUCAGGGACGAAGGGGGGAACAAUGCUGUCCCCAACAAAGAAGGAGAUGGCCACGCGGGCCUUGUGAGGGGGCAGCAGGAGCCCUUGCGGUACUUGACGGUGUCCCGUGCGGCGCUCCCGUAUGUGAGAGUCGGGAAGGGCGUUCGGGUAGACGUCGUGCGAGCGGUAAAGUUUGUGGAUGAGCUGGGGGACGAAGCGGAGAGGAGGCAGCGGAAGAUCAGGCGGGCUGCCAAGAGGGCUAGAAGGGCCCGCCGCGUGGCUGCCAAAGCGGCUGCGGCGGCAGGGGGACACGCGGGGGUGGGGGCCGAGCAGGGGAAUAAAGCGGAAGUGGGGGGACGGAAUGCUGAUGCUGGGGCAGGCGCAGGGUGCAGGCAAAUGGGGCGUGAGGAAAAGGGUGUCAAUGAUGUAGUCGGUGAGCCUGGUGGCAUGGCGGGGGUGGUAAGAGGGGGGAAGGCGCACGAAGGGGUAGGAGAGCAAGAGGGGAGAAGUCCUAAAAGGAGAAAAGUGGAGGGAAAGGCCCCGGUGCCUGGGGGCGAGAGGAAAAGUGGACUUGGACUGGACCCUGCACUAAUGGGGCCGCUGAUUAGCAUGGGCGCCAGGGAGCUGGCUGCAAAAGCGGGCCCGGAAGAUGGUGUGCGAGCCGGAUCUGGGCUGGCGCGACGGGUUUGCAGGGCAGCGGCUGACGGAGGUGUGCCAAAGGCUGGGGAAGGUCUGAAUGGUGGAGAAGAUCGAGUGCUGCCUGCAAAGGCAAUUAGAAGUGAUCCUGAGGCAGGGCCAGAGUUGCUGGCACGGAUGCCGGUGCAAGGGACGGACCGCGGUCAGAAAGAGCAUCCCGGGGAACGGCGAAAGCGGGGAAAGCGGGCUUUAGGCGAGCAUAAACGGAUAACGAAUGAGGAUCUGGAGGGUGAGGAGCUCAGGACACGGUUGGAUGAAGACGAGAAAGCCCGUGCAUCCGGGGAGGAUAUUCUGGGAGAAGUGGCCCCCCAGAAGGCGGCCUUCUAUGCAGCCUUGGGGCGGCUGGGGAGGGGAAUGCUGGCCAGCCAGCUGGAGGAGGGGCAGGAGCCACGCGAGGAAGAAGCGACCCAGGAGGUGUUACGAAGGAAAGUUCCGGGAGGGGAACCUUCCGACUUCCAUACCGAAAUCUCCAAGGGAAAGCCUAAAAACGGCAAGGCAGAUGCUGGGGACAAAAUUGAAAAAUCAGAAUCGGCGGGGUCAAAACGACAGAGGGGGCCGUCAGCUGUUGCUGGGGCUAAGAGGAACACACUCCAAAAGGCGGUAGCUGAGGCUGCGGAGAGGCGGGCUGCUGUUGCAAAGCCUCAGCCGGCGUUCGAACCUGCACCCAGCUUCAAGCCCGGGGGCCUUGUCCUGGGCCCACCUGGUCCGGAUUCACUAGCCGGAGGAGGGGUCGGGCUCGCCAAACAGGGUCUCGAGGAUGUUAGCGAAGAGGCGGUGCCUCUUGGAAGACUGCGAAAGAAGUACCUGAGGCGAGGGAUUCAGAAGCGGUCUCUGCUGGACGCGUUUGACCUGGUGGGCGAGUCCGAUCAGGUGGUUCCGGAAACCCCUUCCGAGGUCCGGCUAACGGUGCCGAGCGAGGCGGAGCUGCCAGGUGGCGCAACGGGAGUGGGCGCCUGCGCGAGCGUCCAGUCAAAGAGGCAAAGCAACAACGACCAUCAGUUUGCGUCAGAAGAGGAAAGGGAGGCUUGGGAAGAGGGGGGGCUCUCUGGAGGGGAGUCAGAGUGUGCCGCAGGACUGGAACUUGGAGUGCAACGGGCUGAUUCUGGGGAAGGAGUUGGGGACAAGACUAGUACUGAGGCUAACACUGCUGCUCCUCAAAAGGGCUCACUAUUUGCACCCCGGAAAACCGGAAAGGCCAGACUAAAGGGCGAAUUGGAUGUUUUCGAGGAGGGUGCUUGCGCAAAGGCCGAGGGGGCAGGUGGGGAAAAACAGGGGCACAAUCUGACGUCAGCAGAGGACGAGUUCGAGCUGAGCGGCCAGGAGUGGGAGGCCCUCCGGAGGCCGAGCACAAGGGGGCGGGGGCUGCCGCUAGGCGGGGGAAUCCAGUCGGGCCUGUUGCCGUCCAAGAGUCGAAGCAGCCUAGAGGCUGCGCAAUAUCCCGUUCCUUCGGUGAGCAGAAAGCUAGCCCAUCGAGAGGACGGACCCAGGGAGAUGCAAGGGGGGGCGGUCAUUGCAAGGGAUGUGCCUUCGUUGGGAUCCCGCUCGGAGUCGGUGGGGGGAAAGAAGGACCACCUCGAAGCUCAGGGCCGGCUCCAAAAUCCCCUCCGAAAGGACCAGGGGGCUGCUGCUGAUGUCUCAGGUCUGGAUGCCUGUCCUGGGAGCGACGACUUUUACAUCUGGCCCAGGAAGGGGCGCGCGGCGUGUCUGGAAGAGGACGACGGGGCGCCAGCGAAACGAGGAAGGGCAGAGAGAGCAGAGCUUCCUGCGGCGGGAGUGGACAAGGUUGCGGAAGGCGUCAGCAAGGGAGACCGCUGGAGAUCGGGCCAAAGGGAAAAGACGGAGCAAGGGACGGGCACGGAAAGGACCGGCGCAAAGGAAACGGAAGCCAAGAGAAACGGGCUCAGGGACUGUCUAACAGAGACCGAGACUGAGAAGCAAGCAACGGCAGAUAGGGGCCUCCACCUGAAAAAGCGGAGGUCGGUUGUUGGGCCUUAUGCGGAAGGGGUCGACGUGGCGUCCGUUCACGAAGGGGAUCUGCGGGAAGCAGUAAAGGCCGGGGCUCGUUCGGGGCCUCCUUCGCUCGGGGUGUGCACGGAUGCUUUCGGCAUGAACGUGCAACCGGUGAAAAAAGGAGUGGCCCCUGUUGUUGCCGAGAAGAACGGCGCGGAGAAGCCGGAGGAAGCAGAAAAUGAAAACUGGGUGCAGUACAAAGCCGCCAGCAAGGAGCAGAGAGCCGCGCUCCGGUUCGACGUGGUCGGGCUUGUGACCAAGAUUGGGGGGUGGGCGUUUUACCUGCUCGCGGGCACUCCCCCGGUGGGAGAACUGGACGUCCGGCCCAUAGCUCAUGAGUCGCGGCGGCAGCUUAUGGACGUGCGGGCGGCUCUAGACUUUCAGGCGCGGCCGGUCAGCGGACUGCCGGACAUUGGCACUUUGACAGAGUCUGUGCUGCGGAGAAAGGCCUGGAAGGCGUCGCAAGCGGGGGCGCGAUAUGUGGUUCGGCGUCUCGUCGGGAAAAAGCUGACGGACUCGGAACAAGGGGCGCUGGGGAGUGCGUGCACGCUGCUGGAGCAAGUAGAAAAGGAAGGGGAGGUUGCAGCUGCCGGAGUGGCUCCUGCAGGGGGCAGACAAAGGCCGACAGAAAAGCAGGGGGCUGAGGAGGGGGAGGGACAAGAGUCCCAGCCGGAUGUGGAGAGCCAGUUUGGGGGCCUGGAGAAGGGGACGCUAUGCCCCCCUGACCAACUGGAGGUGUUCUACGAGGUGCCGACGGAGGGGCGGCGGCCCCGGCGGCAGCGGUUUGCCAAGGGGGAGCUCGCGCAGGCGGUUGCGUUCGCAGCGCGGGUGGAGAAGUGGCUGCACGACCCUCGGUGCAGCAUCUGCCAGUUCGACGUGGAGGCCGAGGGCGAGCUGUGCCAGACGGAGCAGUGCGGCCACAUCUUCCACCGGCCCUGCCUCCUCAACUGGCUCACCUCCAGCAACUCGUGCCCCACUUGCCGCGCGCGCAUCCCCGUGUUUGAGGGCGCGAUCAUUGCGCACCGCAACCUGAGGCCCAGCUACGACGAGGACCACGGGGCCAACGAGUUCGCUGACGUCAUGUGCGAGGUGUGCAGCCUGGACGAGACGGAGGACGAGGCGGGCAACUACAUCCUCAUCUGCGACAACUGCAACAAGGGCUACCACCUCUGGUGCAUCGGCCUUGCAGCCGUCCCCGAGGGCGACUGGUACUGCCCCCCGUGCCACGCCGCCUUCCUGGCCGCGUGCGCGCGCCUGGACGAGCCGCGCCUCGCGUCCCAGAACCCGCAGCGCCAGACGCGGCGGCAGCGGCAAACGAACCGCGCCGCUCAGGAUCGGCUGGCGGCGGGCCGUAACACCGGUAAUGGGACCCGGUCUGGUAACGGUCUGCGGCCGCCGGCUUUAGCAGUCUUGCCGGGGUCAGCGAUCAGGGACAGCGGACCUCCGUCCCCGGAUCUGGCGGAAGAUGGUAUGAGCCCCGUGCGGCGGAGCCCUCGACUCGCGAAGCGCCAGUUUGGGUAUGAUUCGGAAACGGAUUACGUGGAUCCCGGGUCUGUGAGAGCUGGAAUGGGCAGUCGGGGGACAGGAUUCCGCCAGGAAGAUGAGCAUGUGGGAGGCACGGAACGGAACGGAGCGGAACGGGGUAGGGUGACUGGGGUCGGUUCGACAGGGAGGCGGGGCCCCAGCCGAGUCGAGGUUUCAGGACGGCGAAGUGUUUCGCCGACGUUCGAUUCCGAGUCCGUGCCGAGCUCGGAACCCUGGGAACAAACUACGGCAAAGGCGGAAGGUCGGCCAGAAACGGACGAGACAUCCUCGGAGGACUGUCCGAUUGCGCAACGGGCAGGCGUGGGCCAAGCGCGAGGAGGGGUGGACGAUGGGAGGAGGAAAACGAAGCAGGCGCUUCCGAAGGACAGUUUGAGCGGGAAGCGGAAGAGCAGCGAGGAACCUGGUACGAAAGCUUGCGAGAAAUGCAGGAGGCGAAAGAAAGGUGGCCGCUUCUGUUCGGCGUUGGGGCACGGAGUGCCAGCCGGGGAGCAGCCAAAAUUAGAGCCAAGAACACCGAGUUCGCAGAAGAGGGGGCCCCGCGAUCCAGACAGGCCGCAGGCUUGCCCCCAGUGCAAGCGGAACAAAAAGGGGGGUACGUACUGCAUGACCUUGGGGCAUGCACGGCCGGAGGCGGGGUAGCCGGAGGCGGAGGACUUCUGACGGAAGCCCGAAAGCAACGAACUGAGGCAGCGGCCGACCUAAUAACUGGACUUGGAGACUGGGGUCCACAGACCUAAAUUUGAGCAAGGCUACGGGAGGGGCUGAGGCCCGUUAGGAUAUAGCGGAAGAAGGAGUUGAAAGAGCAAUUGACAGGAUUAAGCAGGCAAGUGGCUUGAGUAGGCAUCGUAAGCCCACGUGUUAUCUGAAACGGCUUUCUUGAGUGUAGCUUGUGAACCGGACACGGGACGGAUGAAGAACUUUUAAACGAUUCAGCCUCAAUCUGCAAUCAGAAAACGGGGCCCGUGGCCCAUCCGAUGGCAGCUUUUCGGAAUAAUUGGAC